AUUCUGGAUAUGAGGAGAGGAUACACAAUAUAAAAUCAAUGACACUCUGUCAGCUGCUGCCUCCUCCUGAUCUGAGACCAAUGGAUGAGGUCAUCUAAACUCAUCACCAUGGUGACCUUCUCUGAGACAACACAGGUCUCCUCCAAGGAGCUGCUUGAGCCGCCCUGCCUGUCCACGACCCUAUCCCCUGGGCUGCGGCGGAAAAAGAUGCUAUGGAAGAACGCUGUAAAACACAUCAUUAUCCAGCAGGAGCUCAGCACUCAGGUGGGUUUAGAGCCAGCAAGUAAAAUCUCUGUGACGGAUGCCUACAUGGAUGAGAUCAACAGACAAAUCCGCAACAAGUCCUCACGCGGGGUCACAAAACGCCGCUCCUCCACAUUUAGGGUGCACCCUUCGCAGGCCCGUGGCUCCACCUGCACCUACAACGGUGUCAGGGGUUCUUUUAAUGAAUACGCAUGCGAUGCCGACUUCUUUAAACACUGGGGCCACACAAUUCGUGGAGUCUACAUACCCAGCCUGAGGCACACCUUCAAGUCUCGGGAUCUGGAAAAACUCUAUCAGCAACACUACUCCCACCAAAGACGCAACUCUCUCGCCAUCACCAAUAUAAUCGAUGCAGUAGCCAAGCUGCACAUAUUGGUUCUGUACCUGGCACUGGCACCUGAGGUGGUCACAGAUACUCUGAGCGGCUGCCUGACCGCCAUUUUCAUGGUGUUUGCUAUAGCGUUGUGCAUUGUUGUGUUAAACUACAAAGACUCCAUGUCCCCACGGUGGCUUCACUACGCUGGCCUAGCUAGCUGGUUGUCGCAGACCACGCAGGUGCUAGGAGGACUGGUGUAUGGACUGGAAAAUGACCCAUCGUGGUAUGUUUUGUUCACAUUGUUCGCCACAUACACGCUGCUGCCGUUUCCUCUGCUGUGGGCCAUGUGCGCCGGCUCCCUCACCUCAGUGCUGCACCUUCUGGUGGAGAUCCUGCGCUGCUAUAAUGAUGCCGCGCUUUUGAGAAAGGUGUUUGCCAAAGGCCUGCUGUACUUGGGUAUGAACACAGCCGGCUUGUUCAUCCACUACCUGACAGACCAUGCCCAGAGACAGGUUUUCCUGGAGACACGGCGUUGCAUUGAGGGUCGCCUCAAACUCGAGCAAGAGAACCAGAGACAGGAGCGUCUGGUGCUGUCGAUCCUGCCUCGCUUUGUUGCCUUGGAGAUGAUCGCUGACAUAAGCUCUAUGGAAGAUGAACUCAAUCCUCAGGAGUUUCACAAGAUCUAUAUCCACCAGUACAGAGACGUCAGCAUCCUUUUUGCAGACAUCAAGGGCUUCACUCUGUUGUCAAUGAACCUGUCGGCCCAGGAUCUGGUCCGAACCCUCAACGAGCUCUUUGGACGCUUUGACCGACUCGCAGAUGAGCACCACUGCCUGCGGAUAAAGAUACUGGGCGACUGUUACUACUGUGUGUCAGGGGUCCCUGAGCCUCAGCGUGCCCAUGCCCGUCAUUGUGUUGAGUUGGGCCUGGCCAUGAUGAGCACCAUACGGUACUUGCAGAAUCAGAUGAAAUUUGACAUGGACAUGAGGAUUGGGAUCCACUCGGGCUCCGUCCUGUGUGGGGUGCUGGGCCUACAGAAAUGGCAGUUUGACGUCUGGUCCUGGGACGUGGGCAUUGCCAACAUGCUGGAGGCCGGGGGAAUACCGGGACGCAUCCACAUCUCAAGGGCGACUCUGGACUGUCUGGGAGGCACCUACAAGACAGAAGCUGGUCACGGCCGCGACAGGAACGAGUUUCUGCUCAAACACAACAUCGACACUUUCCUCAUCUGCCCUCAGGAGGAUAGGAACAAAGUUGAUCACGCUGAGCCCCCCAAAGUCCUAAAAACUAACCGAACCUGGAACGCGGAGCUGACCUUUGGGAACGGCAUUGACAUGAACAGUAUCCUCGCUUCCUUCACCAACGGCUCGCUGCCCAACAUAUGGCAGUCCACCUCCAAGGAGAUCAACAAACGCAUCCAACACGCUAUUGAGAUCCGAAGCAGUGAUCGUAUGCAGAGGGAGCACAUCACUCCGCUGACUCUGGUGUUCAAAGACAAGCACAUCGAGGACAAGUUCUCCCAAAUGAGAGACGAAAUGUUCAACUCCAACCUGGUCUGCUCCUUCAUCAUGUUCCUCUUUCUCAUGGCUGUUCAGGCCCUCAUUCCUGCACCCAGGCUGUUCCCGGCUGUCCUUCUGUUUUCCGUCUUCCUGCUCGUCUACAUGCUGCUGCUGCUGUUGGCCCUGGCUGAAGAGUUCAGCUGCACUCCUGCGCCACUUCAGCAAAUCUGCUGCUGGAUUCAUGAAAACAACAGUGCCCGCAACCUCCUCACCCUCACCGCCAUCCUCAUCAACUUUGGCUUGGUCUCUACUGACAUGGUAUGGUGCAUUCUCACAGACACCGGGGAGGCUGAUGUAAUCGACAGAACCAACACAGCCUCACGUCCACUCACCGUCUGCACUUACCCUGAGGUCUUUGUAUUGAGUGGUGUAAUCGCCAUGGUGACUUGUGCCGUGUUCCUGCGUUUGAACUCUCUGCUGAAGCUGGCGGUGUUGCUGCUGGCGGUGGCCGUCUACUCCUACCUCCUCCACCUGGCCUUCUUCACACUCACACGCCAUGAUAUGCUCAACAGGUCUCACUAUGUCAGGAGAAAAGGAAUCUCCAUCCUUCUCAUGGUCAUGUUUAUUGUUGCUGUCUUCUACAACGGACGGCAGUGGGAGGCCACUGCGAGACUGGACUUCCUGUGGCGUCUGCAGGCCCAACAGGAAGUGGAGGACAUGAGAGAAUUGCGGGAACACAACGAGUGUCUAUUACACAACAUCCUGCCCAUGCAUGUGGCGCGACAUUUUCUGGACCGGAGUAAGAAUGAUGAGGAGCUUUACUCUCAGUCCUACAAUGAGGUUGGUGUCAUGUUUGCCUCCAUCGCUGGGUUCAAUGAGUACUUUGAACAGAAAGAGAUCAGACAUGAGGGAGUGGACUGCCUCCGACUUCUGAAUGAGAUCAUCGCUGGCUUUGAUGAGUUGUUGGAGGAGUCGUACUUCCAGUAUGUGGAGAAGAUCAAGACCAUUGGGAGCUGCUACAUGGCGGCCUCUGGUUUAGCUCCAGACGGAGAGGUAUCUACGGAUGAAUGGAAUCACCUGAGUGAGCUGGUUUUGUUUGCGUUGGCAAUGCAAGAGACCUUGAAAGAAAUUAACAGGCACUGUGCCAAAAACUUUCAGCUGCGUGUGGGCAUUGCCCAUGGGCCGGUGGUCGCAGGGGUGAUCGGUGCCACCAAGCCGCAGUAUGACAUCUGGGGGUCAACAGUGAACCUGGCCAGCCGCAUGGACAGCACAGGUGUGAGCGGGUGCAUCCAGGUACCUGAGGCCACGCGCAAGAUCCUGACAGAAUGGGGUUUUGUCUUGAAGCUAAGAGGAGAAAUCUUUGUCAAGGGGGUGAGCGAGAGUCAGGGGAAAGUCCGCACCUAUUUCCUCAACACCACGCGCAGCAAGAGGGCCAAUGUUGGAACAGAUUGCCGUCUGGCGGUGAGGACAGCAGGACGCAUGACGCUGGCAGGAGUAGUGUUUGGUCUCGUCCAGGCCAGAAACAAGGAGAAGAAAGACUUGGUCGGUCUCCCUGCUAAAUUCAAUGCUGAAGGGACUUUUAGGUUCAGAUGAUUGCAGGUGGAGGACGAUCAUAUUGUUUCUACUGGUUUACAGUUUUGUUGUGUGUGUUUCAUACUUUGCCAUUACAUCACAGUUCAUUUAGCUGACUCUUUUGUCCAAAGCGACUUACAAUAAGUGCAAACAAUCAUGAGGAUGCAAACAAUCAUGAGGCCAUAACAAAAUACGCUGCACAAAAAGAGGAUGUACCUGUUAGCCAAAGGACCCAAAUCCUACCAGAGCCUUUGUUCCUGCAGACUGUGUCCUCCUCUGCUUGGCUGUCAUCUAGAAAAUAAAUAUUUUGGGCUGAAGGUGGCGCUGACACAUCCACAGUGUCCCCAGCAGGACAGAAAAAUGUUCAGUUCUAUGUCAUUUAAUGGACAUAAAGGGGAAUUUAUACAUGGGCUUUAAUCUUUGACCGCACACUAGAGCAAAGUGUUCCAAACUAUGCUCAGAAAGGACCUAACUGUCCUACUGGUCUGAUUAAGUAUCUUGAUGGUACUGCUAUCUAUUUUUUUUAUUGCCAUAUCUACACAUUAUAAGCUUGUUACGUUAAUUAUUUUGCAAAACUAACAAAAGCCAACAUGUCUUUUCUUCUUUUUGCUGGGAUAACACUCCAGCAAGACCUCAGACCUCAAAGCCAAAAUACCUCAAAACAACCAGCUCAACCUCUCAUAGACUUUUCAAUGGCCUAUACAAUGUUGACUAGUGUUUUCUUUUUAUUGUGUUAUCUUGCAUCGUUCUAACAAUCUGUAUAUUUUAUUAUUUUUAAUUAUGUGUAAUAAUAAUGUAAUAAUAUGUUUUAUUAUAGAUAUGAUGCAUAUAAAAAACACCUUGUUACUCAAAGUAUGUGUUUUUUAUGUUAUAACUGAAGGAUGAUGACGUCAUCAGUGAUCUGGUAUACAAAACUGUUUAAAAAACAGAAACUCAAAAAGUGUAUAAAUAUGAAUUAAUAUUGAAUACAUUUAUGUAUGUGUAACAGCAAAAUGAUAACUUUGUGAAUAUCCUAAUUUUUCCAAUGUAUAUUCUGUUUAUUUUUUCAUAAUUUUUACAACUAAAAUGAAUAGUUUCUGCUAAUAAAACCAGUAAGGAC